AUGGGCCUCACCGUUCUACCCGCUUUAAUCCCCGACAUCCCCAAAGUAUACGAUGCCUACUUUGGAGCUUUCAAGGGGUCAGUGAUUCUCGACAUCCUGUUCCCGACUGGCAUUGACGAGGCCUUCCGUGAGGGCCACACGAAGCAUACCUUCGACUACUGGCACAAGACCAACACGCAAUACACUGCCAAAUGCGUCGAUGCCAAGACGGGUGAGAUCGUGGGCAUGGCCUUGUGGGAUGUCUUCCUCCAGGAGCGCACUCCGGAAGAAUACCGGAGUCCGGGCGCCGUCUGGCUUCAGGGCGAAGAGAGGGCCAGGGCCGACGAGUUGAUCAGCCCGCUCAACGAAGCCAAAGAGAAAAUUUGGGGCGGCCGGAAAUAUGUUUUGAAGCCGGAACACCAAAGACGAGGUGCCGGCGCUCUUUUGACAAAAUGGGGUCUUGACAUGGCCGAGCUGGCGGGGCUUCCCGUCUACUUGGAGUCGUCUGAGGAGGGUUUCGGCCUGUACAAGCAGUUGGGCUUUGAGGUGCUCAAGGAGAAGAUUGUUCACCGUGCAGGGCUAGUUGGCGCCGAAAAGGAUGUCGAAGUGCCUUUGAUGGUGAAAAUGCCAUCCGCUGCCAAGGGAUUGAGUUUUGAGGAAUGGCGUGCUCAAGGAUACCCGCCUUUCAAGUGA